AAAGGAGGGACUUCAAGCCAUAGCCAACCGACGCUGAAGGCUGAAUCGUUCUGGUAGUCCAACGCGUGCGGGGGAGGAGGCUUCUUCCGGCCGGCUGCGGGCUACCUGCGUACGUUGAAGGACACAACCCGCCGAAUUGGUGUCUUCUGCAAGAUUGAAAUCAUGGCAGGUCCAGAAGCUGAUGCCCAAUUCCAUUUCACUGGUAUCAAAAAAUAUUUCAACUCUUACACUCUCACAGGUAGAAUGAAUUGUGUACUGGCCACAUAUGGAGGCAUUGCUUUGAUGAUCUUAUACUUCAAGUUAAGAUCUAAAAAAACACCAGCUGUGAAAGCAACAUAAACAGAUUUUAACUUGUACCUCAUCUGUUAAGUUCCCAUGCCUGGAGAAGCUUUUGUCAGCUCAUCAUGUGAUAUUCAAUUUGUACAAUAAAUUAUGAACCUGGAAAA